AUGAUUAAUCCCACCAAAUGUAUUCAUCCAAUUGUUUAUUGGGGUCAGUCGGAAGAAUAUGUAUUUCUUUCUAUUAAAGUAGCCAAUGCAAAUGUUGAUUCGAUUGUUAUCAACCAAGAAGACUUUAUGUUUUCUGCAAUGGGCACUGGAGCUGAUGGUGUUAAUAAAUAUGAAUUUUCUAUCUCAUAUUAUCUCCCUAUAAUCCCUGAAGAAAGUCGAUAUGUCGUUACAAGUUUAUCUGUUAAUGUUAAAUUACGAAAAGAACUUAAAGAUUCAUGGUCAAGGUUAACGUUAGGAAAUCAGCGUCUACCUUGGGUUCGUCCUGAUUUCGAUCGUUAUCAGUUUAAUGACUCUGAUUUGGAAAAUAAUGAAGAAGAAUGUCUCAAUGUUAACGUUGUACAUCCAUCAAAAGAGGAGAGAGAUAAGCAUAAUGCAGAACAAAUGAUGCUUAUUGAUGCAGAAGAAUGGGAGGCAUUUUUGAAUCUGAUUAAAAAUCCUUUGACAAUUUAUUUAUUCCUCUUUAAUGUCAUUCAAUUCGCCGGUUAUCUUUAUGUUUGUGGAGCUCUGGUCUAUGGAUUAAUGCAGUAUAAAGAAGUGCAUAAAAUACCAUUUUAUGAAUGGAUUAUCGAUAGAUUAGUUUUUGUGCAAAUUUUAUCAAUUUUGGAACCGUUGCAUGCUUCAUUAGGUUGGAUUCGUGGUGGGAGUGCCUUACCUUCAGUUUUUCAGUUGUUUGGUCGUUCCCUUGUUUUGUUUUGUAUUGUAUUGCCACAUGCUGAAUUCCAUUCUGCGUCUACAACUUAUUGGCUUUUCUUUUCAUGGAGUCUCAUCGAAGUUGUUAGAUAUCCAUAUUACAUUUUAUCAUUAUUAAGUUUUCAAAAUGGACUUAUCACUUAUUUACGUCAUACAUUGUGGAUAAUAUUAUAUCCUAUUGGAUUUAUAUGUGAAGGUAAAUUAAUAAUUCGAUCACUGCCUUCAUUGGUUGAGUCUCGAAAAUUCUGUUUAGAACUACCGAAUCCAGCUAAUGUUAGCUUUGAUUUUACAACUUUUCUGCAAAUCUAUAUAUUUUCUAUGUCUUUUGGUUUAUACUGUAAUAUGAGACAUUUAUAUUUGAGGCGGCGUAAAAUAAUUGGUCCUCGACCAAUUAAAGGAGCAGAUCAAAUGGGUUAUUUUUCUUUUGUACCAUUCUUGCGUUCAUUAGUUCGUGGAUCAAAUAUGAAAAAUCUCUCUACUACCACCAGUACUAUUAAAAAGAAGUAUGUAGGUAAUCGCAACAGUUUACCGAAAUUAAACUAA